AUGAACUCACAAUAUAUGCCCGAAGGUGCGUAUGGAGGAGGACUAGGAGGCGAUGCUUUUGACCCUUUUGCUUAUAUUCACAAACCAAGAACUUGGGUCAGUAUAUGCGCGAUCCGAUGGGCUGCCAUGGACGAAAACCCGCCAAAUACAUCAGCAGUGAACUCAUCUUUAUUCCUCCUUUUCCUCGCCGUUGCCGCCUGGGGAUCAUCUGGCUUUUUCGUCUACGAGAAUUACAAAGAAGGUGUUCAAAUUAAUUUUGCCAAUGGCUACAUUGAUCCAGAUCAGGGAAUUCCAAAUCAAUUCACGCCAAACCAGGAUGGAACUGAUGGAAUUCUAGACGGGCCAGAGGACAGCUAUCAAACGCAACAGAAUCAGCAGGAACAGUAUCUAAGACUAGAUGAAUAG